CGGUUAAUCGUGAGACCGGAGGAGGCGGGGAUUAUCAUUCAUGGCGCGUCAUAGUCGAGCGGAUACAGCUUAUAAACUGAUAAUAAUAAAUAAUAAUUAAAAAUAAUAUCAUCUUCAAUUUGCAUCUUUAAUUCCUGCGAGUUUUUAGAGAUUUUAGUUUAAUUUCAUUUUGCUCGAGGCUCGCGGCUGUGGUUUUAGCGGUUUAGCCGGUUAGCACAGAGCAGCAGGCCGCAGGGAAUAUGUAACACACGUCACCAUGACAACCAAGUUCAGCAAGACGUACACGCGGAAAGGCGGUGAGGCGAACUCCAAGUUCGAGGAGGUUUUUGGGAACAGGAAAGCCACGCUGAGCACCAAAUGGGGAGAGACAACGUAUAAAGCCCAGCUGGGAUCCAGACGCACCGCCCACACGCCUGCCACGCCCGACACGUCCACGCUGCACAAAAGACCCCGCCUGGAGCACGACGACGAGGCAGACGACCCGUUCGGCUUCGACAGUGAUGAUGAGGAGCAGAGCGAGACGUCCCGAGGCUCUGAGGAAGAACAGAACACAGGGGGUGGAGCUAACGCAGCCCCACCCGUUCAGAGCCCCUCCCCCGCCAUCACCGGAUCCAGACCCUCGUCACACAUGGCUAAAUUAAAGCCCACACUGAAAGACUCGAGCGCUUUUGUAGAACGUUUAAGUGAAAGUUCUCCGUCUGCGCCCUCGGAGGGAGCGUCCACACAAACCGGCACCGCGCCGGACAAUUCCAAACCUGCUGAACAGGAAGUGGGAGGUUCUGAGAUGACGGAGGAGCCAAUCGAUUUUGAGCAACUUCCUCUUAUCAAACCGGCGAGAGACCGUGUCUAUCGAAGAGCCAGUAAGAAAGGAGAACAGGAGAACUCCCAGAAUUCCCAGCUAUCAGAACACAGCAGCAAUAAACCCGUCAGUACCGUCUCCACAAGCGGGUCUACGUCUGCGGGGUCGGAGGUGAAAGGUCGCGGGCGUGUGAGAGAUUACACGCUGCUGCACCCGUCAUGUGUGUCGGUUUGUAACGUCACCAUCCAGGACUCCAUGGAUCGCAGCGUGGAGGAGUGUGUGAGCACCGCGCCGUCCGAUCUGGGGGACGCUGGAAUGUUCCGGAGGAAGACGGAGACACAGCCUCCCAAGUACAGCAGGCAUCGCCCCACUAAGUCCAAGCUGGAGUGCAAGCUGGAGUUUUUUGGCUUUGAGGAUGGAGUGUGUGAGGCCGGGGACUCUGAACCCGGUACCAGCUACAAGAUUAAAUACUUCGGCUUCGACGAGCUUAGUGAAAGCGACAGCGAGGAGGAGGACGACCGACCGGGGAAGAAGGUGAAGAAGAAAGGCGCAGUGGAGACGAGGGCGUCGAUGUUGGACGGUCCUCCGAUCAGCGAAGCUCAGAAUCUCUCACACACUCACACAGAUCCUCAGGAGUGGCAGGAUGAGUCGGGUUCUGGCGGAGCAGACGUACAGAGAGAGCGGGCUGGGAAACACACCGACAAGCUGAUCAGCAGAAAAAUCUUCAAAAAGGUACAGAAGACUCCUACUAAAGCGGUGUACAAUGCUCGUCACUGGAAUCAGCCCGAACCGGAGGAAGCUCCUCCCACCUCCCACAGUGACAUCACACCUAAGCCGAGUCUGUCGAGCGUGAACAAAGACGUGAAUUCUGUAAAAGACGACAACGUGUUUAAAGCCCCCCCACCUCCGCCUAAAGUCACAAAAUCGGUGACCCCGCCCACUGAGCCCCACCCACACACUGCCACUUCAGAACAAAAAGAGCUGUACACAGUUGUCCAGCAGGUGAAGCACUUUAACGACGUGGUGGAAUUCGGAGAGAAUCAGGAAUUUACAGACGACUUUGAGUAUCUGGAGACGGGACUGAAGAGCACACAGCCUCUACACACACGCUGCCUUAGUAUAAUCAGUUUAGCUACACGCUGUGCCAUGCCAAGUUUCCGCAUGCACUUGAGAGCGAGAGGAAAAGUGGCUCAGGUGUUUAACAUGCUGAGCGACGCACCACAACAUCCGAACCUGGCAUUGUGUACGGCAGCACUACUGUACAUCCUCAGUCGGGAUCGGCUCAACAUGGACCUGGACCGCGCCUGUCUGGAGUUGAUGAUCCGUCUGCUGGAGAUGGAGCAGGACGAGUCUGAGGAUCAUCAGAGUAAAGUGAAGGAGAAAAUACAGAAACUGUGCGAAACUGUACACAACAAACAUCUGGACCUAGACAACAUCACUACUGGUCACUUGGCCAUGGAGACUCUUCUCUCAUUGACGUCUAAGAGAGCAGGAGACUGGUUUAAAGAAGAGCUCAGGUUACUGGGAGGACUGGACCACAUUAUAGAUAAAGUGAAAGAGUGUGUGGAAAACCUCGAUACAGAUGAUGAUAAUGAGAACCUGGUGGCCUCGUUAUGGGGAGCGGAGCGCUGUUUACGAGUUCUGGAGAGCGUAACGGUUCAUAAUCCAGAGAAUCAAUCCUACCUGAUUGCCUACAAAGACUCACAACUGAUCAUCUCCUCAGCCAGGGCCCUGAGGCAUUGCGAGUCCAUGAUUCAGCUCUACUGCCGUAAUGUCAUCAACUCUGGUGCCAACUCCGCUCACAGUAACCAUAGCAAUGUGGGAAAAGCAGUGGAGGACUGUCUGAGGGCGGUGCUGGGGGUGAUGUUGAACCUGACACAUGAUAAUGAGUGGGGCAGCACUAAGACAGGCGAGCAGGAUGACCUGAUCAUGACUGUGCUGAACUGCGUGCUUAAAGUUCCUCAGUUUCUCCCUCAGGAGCAGAAAUUUGACAUCCGUGUGCUCGGUCUGGGACUACUGAUCAACCUGGUGGAGUACAGCUCCAGAAACAGGCACUGUCUGGUGGAGCUGGAGGUGGAUUCGAGCUGUCUGUUGGAGGCUGAGAAAGACGGGAGAACGGAGGGGGAGAAGGUGGAAAAAGGAAUGGAGGCUAAAUCCUCCAGUGCUCUCAGUGCACUGGUGCAGCUCUUUCUGGAGCGCGAGAGAGCGGCCAUACAGGCCGAGGCGCAAGCUGAUGACAUCAUCAGCGAGGCACCGAAGUCUCAGGCGGACGAGAGUGGGCAGUGGCAGGUAACGAGCGGAGAGAUGCAGUGGGUCGCCUCCGAAAAUAACAGCGACGACAAGAAGGAGAAAGAGGAAGAGGAGGAGGAGCUGGAUUUUAAUAAAGUCCUGCAGCAUGCUGGUAAACACAUGGAGGACAGUAUAGUGGCAUCGUACACUGCACUGCUGCUGGGGUGUGUGUGUCAGGACAGUCCGGUAAAUGUGAAGGCUGUGAGAGAUAGCCUGCCUAAAGGAGAUUUCUCCAUCAUGACUGAGAUGCUGAAGAAGUUCCUCAACUUCAUGAACCUGACGUGUGCAGUGGGCACCACAGGCCAGAAAUCCAUCGCCCGCGUCAUCGACUAUCUGGAGCACUGUUAGCAUGAUUUCAGAGGAGCUGGCAACCCAAGAGGCUCUAAACAUCAGUUAUGGAGAUGUCUUAUGGAGAUCUCUCACUAACACGCGCACACUCCCCCCCCCCAUACUGCUGACACACACACACACCUGUGCAUUUAUAAGCUGUUGCUUUUUUUAUUUUAAGCUUAAUUUUUGUUAAAUCUCCCAAAUAUGAAUUAAUGGCGUCUGAAUAAUAAACAAUUGUUUGGAAAAAAUGUUUUAAUAAUGAAAUAUCUCGAGCAAGCGUUUCAAGAAAAAAAAUAGUUUUUUAAAAAUAAGCUUAAAAUAAUGGAAUAAAAAGCAUAGGCUUUGUAAUGGAGCUUAUUGAGUGUUAAACAGGGUUAUUAAUGAUUAAUAAUAAUAAAUUUAAUUUUAAAAGUCUUUUAAAUAUUCUGCAGUAGCCAUAAGAAAUACAGCUGCGUGAAAUUGACACGAUUAUUGUCAGGAAAAUAUAAAAAUACAUCAUUUUUUAUUUGAUCAACACCUGAUCAACUAAUCAUGCGGUUCAUUCUAAAAUAAAUAAAUUAUUGAUUUAAUUUAGCUCACGAGUCUGGAUAUAACAAUAGUAACAUGUCCCUGGAAUUUUUUUUAAAUAGAAAAUUUAAGAAAUUAAAUUUAUAUACAUUUUUUUGCAUCUUAAUCAUGAGCUGCAGAUGGAGUUGUAUCAAUCUUAAAUUUUAAUUUGUGACGAAUAUUUCAGUUUAUUUCUGAAUCACGCUUUAAUACUUAAAGCCAUUGUUCUGAUUUUAAGGUGGUAUUGUUGCUAAAUUCCCCUUAUCAUUUAGUGAGGCCUUGGUGUCAAACCGUUCCACCUUAUACCUUUUAUUUAUUUAUUUUUUUUUUUAAUCAAAGCUCAUGGCUUACAUUUUCAGAGGAAAUUUUUUUUAUUUGAAUUUUUCCUCAUUCUUUGAUAUGAGUGGAAUUAAACAAUUCCACCUUAAAUAUUCUAGUAAUAUUUUAACAAGAAUUAAAGACAAAAAAAAAUUAACGAUCUAAAAAUAUCAUGAAUAUUACAUAUUACACCUUUAAAGAACAAUUCGGAUUUUAUUUCAGAUACCCCCCCCCAAAAAAAACAUUUAUACUUGAAAUUGAUUUUUUUUUUAAAUUUAGUAAUUAAAAGUCAUUUUCAUGAGUUUCAUUACUUUUCCUUGUCUAGAUUUUAGAUUAUUUUAGUUUGUUGAAUUUGGGACAUUUUUUUUAAAAAAUGAAUGUGAACUGUUGUAGCUUAAAUAAAGUUUUUUUUUUUUUAAAAAAGAAAAGAAAGAAAGAGAAAAAUUCUGACCCUGUUUGGAAUAAAAAUUUUUCGGAAAAACAAAAAAUUAAAAAAUAAAAAUAUUCAAAUGCCUUUAAUGAUAAAUAAAUUAGUGUAAAAUUAAACAAGAUAAAAAAAUUAGCACAUGGGUUUGAUUAAUUCCAUCCAAAAAAUAUCCAUCAUUUUUUAUUAUAAUUUUUUUAAAUAUUUAAUAUUAAAUUGCGUCAUUUUUUCUUUCUUUUCUCCUGCGUUCUUUUUGUUCCCUUUUAAUCUGUGAGUAAAUAAAUGAUCUCGCUCUAACAAGUGUCCUGUUCCUCACAGAGCCAUACCGCAGAGUAAAAAAUAAAAAUAAAUAAAUAAUUGUAUAUUUUCUGAUUUUUUUAUUUCAUUUUAAAGCUGCAGUAAAGUUUCCUUUUUGAUGAACUCGAGUGGAUUGUUGGUGAAAUAAAUAAAACUCAGUGGUGUGUGUAAAUGUAAAUAUUUCAUGUAAAUAUCUCCUCCUGAACGGUAGACUGGAUGCUCAAGGGUUUGUUUGUUUGUUUUAUACAGUUUUUUUUUUCUUGGUUAUUAUUGCAGGAUAUAAAUAAAAAUCUAUAAAUAUAAAUAUAUAUAUAAUGUGUAUAAACACUUUUUACCCAGUUUUGCGCAGAAUCUUGUCUUUGGUUACCUGUAAAUAAUUUCACCUUUAAUAAAAGC